AUGGUCCGCUCCGUCACCUUCGAGAUUCGGUGGCACGACACACAGCCCAUCUACAGCUGCUCCUUCCAACCUCUCCCAGCAAACCAUCUCAGGCGCGUCCUUGACCAUAAUAUGGGCCAGGCCGCCGGUCUGGCCCCUGGAAAAGGCUUGUCAGAGAUCGACCCCUUGACGGCAGCCUCCACCUCUACUCCCGUAGCAUCUUCGUCCAGGCUCGCCCAACCACCCGUCAUGGCCGGCGGUCAAAGCUGGAGGCUCGCUACCGCUGGUGGUGAUAACAAUGCGCGAAUCUGGAUGGUACAUCCCAACAUCCCUUCUCCUGCUGCAAUGGCCAGCGCGGCUGCGGUCUCCGGCUCCACCGUCGUCGCACCGCAUCCCCCUCGCGUCGAGUACCUCGCCACUCUCCAAAGACACUCGGGUGUCGUCAAUGUCGUGCGAUUCUGCCCCAAAGGCGAGUUGCUUGCAACUGCUGGCGACGAUGGAAACGUCCUCUUUUGGGUGCCCAGUGACCGCAGCAGGCCUGGCUUUGGCGACGUCACUACCUCUCUCGAAGGCGAGAGCCAAUUCGAGAAAGAGUUUUGGCGGGUCAAACUCAUGUGUCGCGCUACUCAACAGGAACUUUACGACAUGGCGUGGAGUCCCAAUGGCGAGACGCUAGCCGUCGGCGGCACCGACUUUGUUGCGCGCAUCAUCAACGUUCAGGACGGACAUGUCAUCCGCGAGAUCUCGGAACACAACCACUACGUACAAGGGAUUGCCUGGGAUCCUCUCAAUGAGUUCAUCGCCACUCAGAGCAGUGACCGCACCGUCCACGUGCACAACCUCCAAACACGUCGCCACGAUCGCGAUCGCGAUCGCGACCGGGAAGGAAACGCAGCAGCAAGCUCUACAGACUCCUCCAUCACCUCGUCGCAGCUCGUCAGCAAGAAUGCCAAACUCGACUUGCAUCGCAGGAACGGCAGCGCUGGCGGUCUCGUGUGGGACCCGCACUACUCCAAGCCUGCUUUGCCCAGGCGCACCAGCAGCCACGCAAGCCAAGCCAGCGAUGGAGAAGGCACAAGAGAGAGCUUUGUCGCCAGUCUGAGAGGCAGGUCAAAGCGUGGAAGCACUCCCAUCGAUCCUGCGCACACCAGCGCUGCCGUAGCUCGAGCCAGCACUCCAUCGGCAGCCGCACUUUCUUCCGUCGCUUCCACCUCUUCUGUCGCCGGAGCACCUCUCGCCGGGCGUGCCAGUACCCCAACACCGGCAGCCUCGGUACCGCCCAGCCCCUUUUCGGGCAACAGCGCCGCCGUAGCCGCUCACGCCAUGAACCCACCGCAGACCACCCCCAGUCGCCGAUCCAGCUUCAGUGGCAGCAACUUUGAUCUUGGUUCGCCCCCGACAAGCACCACCUCGCUCGCGCCCGCUUCCACUCUGGGCGGCUCGCACAGCGUCAAGCCCCCAACUGGUGCUACCGAGCACGGUCUGUCGGCGACCAGUGGAGCUGCUCCGAGCGAUGCUGGCCGCAGGGCAGGCAGUGUGAGCCGUUCGGCUUCGCGCACUCGCAGCAUCCGCUCUCCUUCGCCCAUACCACCUCUCCCCGCCAUUCGAGCUCCACCAUCCCCUAAGCAGCGCAUACAAGCAGCUGCUGCUUCCGGUCUCGGAGGACCGUUGGCCAAAGCAUCGAUGCGUCUGUACGGUGAUGAAAACUUCAGCGGCUUCUUCCGUCGUCUCUCUUUCAGUCCCGAUGGUGGCUUGCUCGUGACGCCCAGCGGUAUCUUUGAUCCACCUCCACCCCCAGCAUCUCCCACAAUCAACAUCUCGCCCAGAAAGAGCCCUGCGACGCUCAACCCCGCCACUGCCGCUGCUCAAGCUCAGCCCUCGACCAGCCCUCAAUUGGGUGCCGCCAAUAAGAGUGCUGUCUAUCUGUAUGCGAGGGGCAAUCUCUCCCGUUCCAACGCUCCGAUUGCGGUUCUUCCUGGGCACAAGACGGCAACGUUAGUCGUGCGCUUCUCCCCGAUAUUGUACGAGCUGCGCAAGACGCCUCGUGCUUCGUCGGCAGCAGAGGACGAUGUAGGCAUUGCACCUCACCCGACCAUCCCGCUCGAGGCUGGCAAACAAAAGACCGUCUCACUCCAGACAGACGCUUCCAAAGCCGUCUUUUCGCCGCAGCUUGGUGCAACGUCAUCCAAGGAUGCAUCCUUGCCAACCGCGUCGCCAUCGCUGUCAGACAAGACAUCGCCGCAGAUACCACGUCAAGACGCUCGCCCUGCACCGCGUGGCAUCAGCGUCAUCGGGCUGCCCUACCGCAUGGUCUAUGCUGUCGCGACGCAGGACAGCGUGUGGAUCUACGACACACAGCAGACCGGCCCAAUCUGCUGUUUCAGUAACAUGCACUACGCCAGCUUUACCGAUCUCACCUGGUCGCCCGACGGUCAGACGCUCAUGAUGUCUUCCACCGACGGCUACUGUUCCGUCGUCGUGUUUGACUAUGCAGAGCUGGGUGUGCCGUAUGCCUUCUCCGCCCAACCUGCUCUCAAGGCGCCCGCACCUGGUGUUCCUGCACCUGCGCACAUCGCAGAGGGCAAGUCGACAGGAUCUGCGCCCAACACGCCCAAAAUGGCGAGCCCAGCUAUGCUUGCCCCUGCCGCAGCUGUGGGUUCUGCUGCUGAAGCAUAUGCCUCGGCUAUUGCGUCUGCUUCCGGAUCAGGUUCUGCAUCGACACCGGCCGGGCUUGGCCUUGCUGGCCUUGCGAUACCGGCUCAGUCUUCAGCACCGGUGACUGCGGCUAGUGGAAGCGAGUCAACACCAUCAGAUGCAUCCGAAGCUCCUAGGAAGAAACGUAGGAUCGCACUUACGUUGGAACGUCCUCUUGGCUCCUGA